AGUCCAGGCGCGCUCGUGCGCUCUACGUGUCCGAGAUGACCGGAUGAGGGAAGGGCACGCGCGACUGGGCUCGAGCAGCGGGUUCACCGGCGGGCACGCACGCGCAGGUGGCGUCCUUCAGGCCUGUAGACUCACUCAAGCAGGGAUCAUGUUCUAAAACGGAACAACCAUGAAAAGCUUAGGGGCCAGCCAUGCUCGUCACUUGUCGGACUCCUGCAUGCCCGUGGCAGGUCCCCAGGAGCCGAUAUGCCCCUUGACCCCAGACCCCCAUGGGACAUUCCUCCUGAGUCCUGCCAUCGGCCAUUAUGGCACUCUGGAUCCCCAUAUGCACCACUUCCCUCCAACAAGCCCCAUCGGUUUGCAGUCCGACUGCCUGCUGCCGCUCAACAACCAGCUGACCACCAGCAACACCUUCCCUCACUUCCAGUUCCCAUCCCAGGUCAAUCAGACCGACUACACUCAGCAGGGUUGCGUGUCGCAGUCAGCCUCUCGCACUGGCACCCUCACCUCCUCCGCAUCUAUGGGAAUGGGCUUAGGUCUAGGACUCUCAGUUCCGCCAAUGAUCAGCAGCGGUACGGCGACCAUCUCCUCAGCUGCAGCAGCCAAGAUGAACCGCAUCCCAACUGGCCUGCUGGACCAGUUAGAGCACCAUGUUCCACUGCAACGUGAUGGCUUUAGCACGCUUCAGUUCCACAGACGAAGCCGUGGCUCCAAACAGCGCAGCGAGAGCCCUGGUCGCAUCCGCAAUCUGGUGCACUCUGUCCAAAAACUGUUCUCCAAGACGCAGUCUGUGGAAGGCUCAGGUGGCAAGGGGACAAUUCAGGGAGCCGACAGCACCAAGGCCACACGCCGGUCCAAGAGUAAAGACCGAGCCAAAACCGAAGGUGCAAAGAGACGGGGCCGACCAAACCUUUCUGGGUUCUGGAGCUCAGAUGACGCUCUGGAGGAUGAAGCAACGACACAGGAGGCAGCUGGUCCACUGGCUGUAGCUUAUCGAAACCCAUUGAGCAUGAUGACGCUGGGCAGGGCAGUGUCAGACAGCCAGGCGCCUCCCAGAACCCCCUUACAGGGCUACAAUACUAUUGCAGCUCACCGUUCUCUCAAGCCCUCUAAGAGCAGUGGAGAGCUGAAAACCCAGACAUUGUCCUCAACUGGUGGAGCAGCAGGGGAUGGCACACUGGCAAAAAGAGGCUCAUGGUCAACUCUUACUCUAAGCCAGGCUCGACAGGUGCUGCAGAAAGGCACGGCCACAGUGAACCGGACACUGCUGAAGUCCAAGUCCUACCACCAAGAGCUGGCCACCAACUUCCUACAGGUUCCUGUUGGGGAGUGGAGUGCUACGCUAGGUAAAGCUGCGGGAGCAGGAGGAGAGAUCCCAUGCAGGAGAAUGCGCAGUGGCAGCUACGUUAAAGCCAUGGGUGACCCCGAGGACAGCGACCAGUCUGACAGCCCUCCCUCACCAAAACCAUCGCCAAAAACAGCCGCUCGGCGCCAGAGCUACCUAAAGGCCACACAACAGUCACUCAGCGAACAACAGCCGCCUCUGCCACCUCGGAACUGCUUGCCAUCUCUGCGAGAACUCACCACCAACCGCAGCCUGGAUAACCUGGACUGCCUGGUGGGACAGAGUGAGUCUCAGCACUGGGACAGAGAAAGGAACUUCGGCUCGUCCUCACUCGGACGGGGUUCUGGGAUUAGCCAGAUGGAUCAGAGCUGUCUGUGCUCGGCGGGUUACGGCCACAUGGAGUCUCAGGCGGUGGAGGCGCUGGAUCUGCCGGCGCCGACCUGCUUCCGCUCGCGCAGCCACAGCUACGUGUGUGCCAUCCAGGCCGGCUGCUCUCAGGAAGACGACUCGGACUCGGACGAGCCUCCGCUGCACACCGACAGCAACACGAGUACCCGCACCAAGACUCCGCCCCCGGUCCCUCCUCGCUCCGCCUCCAAGCCGUAUAUCUCGGUGACGGUGCAGAGCAGCACGGAGUCGGCGCAGGACACCUACCUGGAGCAGCGCAGCGAGGCCAACAGCCAGUCGGGACGCAGCAACUCUACAGACAGCACCACCAGCUCGAGGACAAGCAGCCUGGCCAAAGGUCCUCUCCCCCUGAUACCCCACAUCCCCGUGCCCAUCCCCGUCCCCGUCCCUCUGGUGCCCCCCAUCCCCAUCCCCCUGGUGCCCCCCAUCCCCGUCCCGGUGCCCAGCGCACGUGUCAGCAGCCCUCCUCCUCCUCCCGCCCGAGAGACCCAGACCGUGGGCGUCGGCUUCACGCAGGACGAACCGCGGGCCGUCGUCAGGAGGAAACUCUCGUCCAUCGGCAUCCAGGUGGACUGCGUACAGCCCGUGCUCCGUGAGGAACACACCCCCACCACCAAGUUCCAGUCCAUCGGGGUUCAGGUGGAGGACGGCAGGCCGUUAAGCCGCUUCAGCAGCAUGGCGUCCAGACAGGAGACGGCCGACGCCGAGACUCAGGACCGGACGGACGGUAAAAUGACCGAGAACAGCAGCAUCGCUUGCAGCACUCAGACUCUGGACUCCCCCAUGAGUGCGGCGAGAGCGCAGAAAUCCUGUUCCACGCUGCCCGAGAGCGUGGAGGCGGCGCUGGACCCGUCCUCUCUGCCUCCUCCUCCUCCGUCCCUGCAGAGCGUGAACGGAGCGUCGGAGCAGCCCGGAGCGCCGGCGGGGUCCCUCAGGGACGGACACUGCUUCCUCCGCCUGCUGCAGGCCGAGACGGGCCGCAUGGACGCCUGGUGCCAACAGAUGGAGCAGGAGAGUAAAGACAGACAUCUCUCAGAAGAAGUGCUGGGGAAGAUCCGCAGUGCGGUAGGCAGCGCUCAGUUGCUCAUGUCUAAGAAGUUCCAGCAGUUUCGAGGCCUGUGCGAGCAGAACCUGGACGUGAACGCUCAGCCGCGGCCCACCGCUCAGGACCUGGCGGGUUUCUGGGAUCUUCUGCAGCUCUCCAUCGAGGACAUCAGCACGAAGUUCGACGAGCUCCACCUGCUCAAGGCCAACGGCUGGAAACGUCCAAAGAGCAGCAGCAGCAAAAAGGAGGAGCGGAAACCGGCUGGCGUGACGACGCCGAAGAAAGCGGCAAAGCCCAAGGCGGCGGUGGCGGCGGCGGCGGCGGCGGCGGCUGCGGCGGCGGCACCGAAGGAGAAGGGCAGUGGAGACUCGGCCGCUGAUAAACAGAGACAGGAAGCGCGAAGGCGUCUGAUGGCCGCCAAACGAGCCGCCUCCGAGCGCCAGAACUCCGCCACGGAGAGCGCAGACAGCAUCGAGAUCUACGUCCCCGAGGCUCAGACUCGCCUCUGAGAGAAACCAACCCCACACACACACACACACACACACACACAAUAACAUUUUGCAUACUCGCGUGCUUCUGAAACAUACCUGAGACACGGAACUUAUAAACAGUAAGAGUACAGACUUGGGAAAUAAUUAUAAUAAAUAAAUAAAAAAAUUUAAAUAAAUAAAUAAAGCGUGUGCGUGUCAGCGCGGAAGAUUCGCGGCGCGGACGGAGACGUUUAUUACCGAACUUGUUGUUUAUAAUAAGAAUUAUCAUACAGAGCUGUAAUUAUCUAACGGAGUAUACUGAACACCCGCCUGUAAAUUGUCCUCAUAUCUCGGACGCCGUGCGGCGCGCGUCCGUUUGGGAGUGUGUUUCAAAGAAUCUGACGCCCCCACUUCAGUCACUCCACCACGCCCUUUCCUCUGGCCAUCCCAACAAAGCGCCCCCCCCCCCCCCCCCCCCCCCCACACCCCACCCCACCCCACGAGCACGCACUCAGGAUUCUGCACGUGUGCACUUGUUUUACAGCAAUGUGGUCUUCCUCUCCUCGCCUUCAUCACCAUCAUCAUCAUUAUUAUUAUUAUUAUUAUUGGUACAUCGCUUUUUAGGCCAUUGAAUUAUAUAGGAAUGUGAGAUGUAGUUCUUUUUUUUUUCUUCAUGCAUUAAUUAGAAUUUCUGAUGGUUGCGUUCACACUCACAGGAUCCGUUUCAUUUUAAACUCUAGGUAGAUUUUCUCCCUUUUUUUUUUUUGCUUUUUUUUUUUUUUUUUUUUUGGAAAAUGACUUAUAAGGAAUAAAAAAAAUUAAUAAAUAAAAAAUCUUCAAGGCAUGCUGUUAGAGGAAAAUAGACAAUGACUGUUCAGUUUCAACAGUUCAACAACACAAUUCCAAUGAUUUAUUUAUUUAUUAAGGAAUAAAGCAUACUUGUUAUACAUGUUUAUCGUUAUCGUGUUGGCCCUAAACCGCCGUCCUCUCGAUCCCAGUCUGUCAUGAUUCGGGUUAAUUAAACAACAGCAACCACAUUUGUUCAAAAAAAAUUAUAAAUAAAUAAAAAAAAAAUACACACACUUCUCCUCGGUCUUAAAACCAUGGCAGCUGACACUGGAGACUCCUUCCAGAUAUGUUCCUAAUAAACCUCUCCUUACUGAAAUACAUCAACAUAUCAACAAUUAUGCAGUUAUUAAAAACAUUUUUUUUUAAAUUUCCUUCUUCAGUGAUCAUGUUUAUAGAGUGACGUAACGCGUACUGAUUCCUGUUCAAAUUCUCAUGUUAAUGUAAAGAUAAUCAUGGUGUAUAAGAACGAGCGCGUUAAUGUAUAAACCUAAUAUUCUGAUAAUCAACCAAUCAGAUUUGAGAAUUGAGCAGCACUGCAAUCAAAAGCGUUUACAUAAUUUUUUUUCCCCCCGAAUGAAUAGAUGUUUUUUGUUUGUUUUUUUUCAAAAAUAUCCUCCUGUUUUCCAUUAUCUGUGUGAUGUGUUACUUUUUUUGGGGAAAGGUUUUCAGCUCAUGCAUCUUACACACACACACAUACACACUCUCACUCACACUCAGGGGCGGGAUACAGAUUGCAAAUAAAUUUGAUGAUUUUUUUUUUUUUUUAUGUUUGGAUUUGCCAAAAAUCAGAAUUUCAGUUUGCAGAAUGUCCAGGUAACGUUUUAUUCAUCCUGAAUUUGGACUGAAUUAUCCCACAAUCUGUAUCUUUUUUCUUUCUUUUUUUUUAUUCCUAUUAUUAUUUUUUACUAUUAUAUUAAAUCGAUUUUGUUGUCAUGGAUUUUUCUGCGUUGUGAAUGUAAAGGGGGAUCUAAACACUUCAUCUGUGUGUUUUCACACACUUGACUCAUUUGAAGCACUCCGAUUGAAAAAUGUUUUGUUAUUUGUUAUCUUCCUGAAGUUUUCUUCCAUCCAGAGAUUUAUUUUUUCCCCCUGUGAAUGUAAUGAUGUCUUGUUGUGGGUUUUGCAUCACAGAACAUUGGCCAGACAUGACGUUACCUUCCCCAGAGCAGCACUUUAUUAAUCAGAGCUGAGAGAAUAUAUAUAGUUUAUCUUUAUUAUUUUUUUAAUUUAGAGAUUAUAAAAGAUUGGGGAAGGCGUUCUGGUUGGAUGGGGCUAUGGAUCAUGUUUUGUUUAUAACCAUUAACCCUUGGAUCAGACUUCAACCUCUUGGAAAAUCCUUUAUAAUGAUUUUGUAGCAUUCGCUGUUCUGUACACACACCAUGAAAAUACAUCUUCAUACCCAAUUUUGUUCCGUUUUGCCCUGAGUAAGUGUAUAAUGUACUGUAUCAGACGCCACUUUCCACACCUCACUUCACCCUACGGUCACACUAACGACAAUAAGGGGACUAGUGAGAUUAAUAUUUUUUUAAAUGUAAUUUCAGUAAAAAAAAAAAUAAUGUAGAUUUAUUUAUUUUUAAAAAAUUAGUUGGUUGUUGCGCAGUAAAAGUCCAAACGAUGACUCCAGACAGAUGAUGAAAGGGAAGCUUGGAUAGAACUAGCAGCGAUCGUUGGUGCUAGUUCACAUCGCUAAUCUAAUCUUAGUGUGCAAGAUUUUACGAAGUAGGGAAGCAAAUCGAGCAAAUAAUCUUUACUCCAAUUAUACAAUAUUUUUAGCGCACGUAAAAUUAUGUAAAAGCCACGCCCACAAGCCAAUUCAAUCGUUCAUGCGACGCAAUCCAAUUUCAUGCUUUUUUUUGUCAUUACCAAUAAUCCUCCCCAGCCAUGACAUGAGCAAUGCUACAAUCCAACUUUUUUACUAUUAUUGUUAUUAAUAAUAAAAAAUUCUGUACAAAAGAUUGAAAUGUACACUAGCAUUAGCUUUAGAAUCUGCACAUUUGGGAUUGUUUUUAAGACGAGCUGUACAUUUUUCAUGUCCAGAGAAAUAUUAAACUUCAUUUAUUUCGUUUUUUAG